AAGGCUCGAAAGGGUUUCCUAUAUAUUUUUCUGAGAAACCAUCUGGGUUUGAUUUUCUUCAUUUCUUUUUCAAAUUGGUUUACAUGUCCUUACUCACGGUGGCGGAUCCAAGAGACUCAAGCCAAUACCUCAGGUUUCCGGCUUCAGAUGGCGGCGCCGACAACCAAGACGAGAUAGAGUCGAAGCUCACACAUUUGCAGCCGCCAGAGCACAGUAGAACAGAGACAGAGUCGUCAGCAGGGAUGUUUCCGGGGUUCAGUCAAUCCGGGGAGAUGUCGGAAAUGGUCUCGGUGCUAACGCAUGCGAUGUCUGGACAAAGCGGCGCUGGCGGCGAUUGGGGCUACGGUGCUGGUUUCGGUGCCAUGGUGACCGCCUCACCUCGUUUCUUACACCCUGCUACUUCCUCUGUUUCUUCCCCCUCUACGGUGUACUCCCCAUCCUCUUACUCUUCCACUGCUUCCCCUUCGGGUUCUGGCUCCAGUACCGGACUGUGGAUUGGCCACAAGCGUGGCCGUGAAGAAGCCACCGCCGGUGCAUCUCAAUUACUAGAGUCUGUCCCUAGAGUUUAUAGAAUUCCCCAUGGAGAUUUAUCAUCUGGUGCAAGUACGGUAAAAGAAGAAGUUACAAACAUUGUAGCGCCGGUGACCACAAUUGCAACGGUAACGGCAACGGCGACUGCAAGACCGCCAACAGAAACUGCAUCAGGUGAAGAGACUGGUGAACGGAGGAGAAGAUACAGGGGAGUUCGGCAGAGGCCGUGGGGGAAGUGGGCGGCUGAAAUAAGGGAUCCGAAUAAAGCAGCAAGAGUCUGGCUGGGAACAUUUGAUACGGCCGAGGCGGCGGCGAGAGCUUAUGAUGAUGCCGCCUUGAGAUUCAGGGGAAACAAAGCCAAACUAAAUUUCCCGGAAAAUGUCAGGAUGUUGCCUCAACCAAUGCAAAAUUUUCCAGCUACACAAACAUCAGUUUCCGGCCCUCUGAUAACCCAUUUGCCACCGGCACGUUCUCCUGCAAUGCCGUCAUAUUUCCAGCCCCGAGCUCUUCAGGGGUCUUCAGCUGAUUCCAUGAGAGACUACUUGCAGUACUCGCAGCUGCUGCAGAGUUCUCGUGACUUCCAAGGACAAGAAGCAACGAGCUUGCUAGACCAGUUGAUUCAAUCUUCCCAAUUAGCUUCUCUUCAGCGGCCAUUGUUAUCUUCUUCUAUUCCAUCAGUGUCUUCUUCAAUUGCAGUACCUUCCGGUUCCUCCUCAUCCUCUGCUUCAUUUCCUCUGCUUUUUAGCGAACAGCAACAAAUGGGCUUUUUCCGACCACCGUCAAAUCAAACUCAGCCUAGCCCUAGCGGGUCUGAUUUUCCGGUGCCGCCAUGGUCACACUCCGGUCACUUCCCUCCAUCUAGUGGUUAAUAUUGAUGAUACCAUAUUAAAAAGUUUUUUUAAUAUUUUUGAAAAUCAAGCAUAUUACAUUCUCUCUGUUUUUUCAGCCCUCUGUAUUUGCAUAAUUGCAUGUAGUUAGGUUUGGUUUAACCAUUUUAAUUAUCAAUUGUUUGUAGUAAAAAAAAGAAAAUGGAAAAAGAUCUUUGGCAUAAAGUGAAAGAGGGGGAAAAUACUAAGAGGCAUUUUAGGUUUUUUGUACAUAUCAUAUGUUCACAAAGGAUUUGAUUUAACCUUCUCCUCAAGCUAUGUGCUACUUGCUUCACAUGCAAAGGAUUCAUAUAUAUAUAUAUAUAUAUAUAUAUAUAUUCUUUUUCCUUUUUCCAGAUAGUUGUUCUAUUACCUAUCUUGUUUUAAUUACAUAGGAGGUUUGGAUUCAUUUAUUUAAUGCUAUGUUAUGUUGGUUUAAGUAAUAAAUUUGUCCAAUGCUU